UAUCGCAGUAAAAACGGUCCACGAGAAAAGGGUGACGCGAUGACUGUCACCGAGCUGACCACCCAGCAAGAAUUCGACGACUUCGUCAAGUCCAAGGAACUUAGUGUCGUUCACUUUUACGCACCAUGGGCGCAGCAAUGUUCCCAAGUGAACGACGUACUCGACGAGAUGACUAAGCUGGAGCAAUAUAAGAAUGUCAAGGUUGCUAAAAUCGAAGCGGAGAACGUGCCCGAGGUGUCUCUAAAGUCUGGAGUAGCUGUCGUACCUACCAUCCUUUUAUUGAAGAAUAGCGAUAUCGUAGAUAGAGUGGAUGGUGCCAAUGCUCCCGCGUUGACAGAGAAAGUCAAACAUUAUUUGAAUAACAGCGAUGCUCCGUUGCUGGAUGUGGUCAAAACGAAGGAAUCCCUUGAGGACAGACUGAAGAAAUUGAUAAAUCAAGCGCCUUGCAUGCUCUUCAUGAAAGGAAACCCAGCUAAUCCACGAUGUGGUUUCUCUAGAACAAUUGUUUCCACCCUAGAUAAUUAUAAAACAGAUUAUAAGUCGUUUGAUAUAUUACAAGACAACGAUGUUAGGGAAGGACUUAAAAAAUUUAGUAAUUGGCCAACAUAUCCACAAUUGUAUCUAAAUGGAGAACUAAUCGGUGGAUUGGACAUUGUGAAAGAGAUGGAUGAGUCGGGCGAACUUGAAAGUAUGUUACCAAAGAAGGAUAGUGUGGAAACAAAGUGAAUUGAUAAAUAUAAUUGUAAAAAUAAAAAAGAGGAAAUACUUAAAUUAUCUCUCUAACUUAGUCCAUAUUAAUUAUGGAAAACAUCUUACAUAGAAGCAAAGGCUAUUUUCUGUAGGGAUCAUUUGUGAAAUGUGUUAUUAAAUAUAUUAUGUAUUUAUAAUGAUUUCGAAAUAACGGGUUUUUUAUUCACAAAUCGUCAGUUAAGUUUCAUGCUAAAAUAUAUCAUUAGAAACUUUACUGUAAAUAAUAAUUAUAAUUAAUAUCCCACUAUUAUCGAUAUAAUGUACAGAAAAAUUGGAUAAAAAAAUUUAUCAUUUAUAUAAAUUUUGCACAGAAGAAUUACAACAUAUCAUCGGAAUUACAAAUAAACAGUCUUUGUUUAUAUAA